GGAUUCUCUAAAUAGAGAACGAGCCCACAGAGCCCAACACAGCCACUGCCAGUUCAGAGCGAAGCAGAUAGACACGCAAAGCGCUAUCUCUCUCUCUCUGAGAAACACGUUUCAACAAGUGAAAUAAUCACUAACCUAAAAAAGGGAAAAAAUAAGGUGCAGAAUACAUCAAGAAAACAGAUCUGUCAACAACAACAACAACAAAAAAAAUCUAUUUUCAUUCAUUUUCAGUUUUUUGUGUGUGUGGAAUGAACAAAAAGGACACGUUUCAUCAUUAUAAUAAUUUUUAACCAACAAGUGGAUUUUUUUUCUCUUGAAGAGGAAAAAAAAAACAACAACAGCAGCAGCAGCAGCAAAGCCAGCAGACUGAGAAAAAAAAGUGGAGGUCUUCCAGAACGUAGCCGUCGGAGAGAGAAACCGUGACCGGUAGCAUCUGUCCGUCGGUCCCCUGAGGUGUUGCAGGUAAUCCCCCUCACCUGCGAGCUCCCGUGCGCAGUGCGCGCAGAUCUCCCAAAAGCCUCCAGCGCCUCCACGGAAGAGGAGACCCCCUGAGCGAGCUCGCCGCAUGGCUGCAGCCAAGACAGAGAUGCUCCUGCCAGCCCUGCAGAUCUCCGACCCCCUCAGCUUCCCCCACUCCCCCAUGGACAGCUACCCCAAGCUGGAGGAGAUGAUGAUCCUCAACUCGGGCGCCUCCUUCCUGGCCGCCUCGGCCGCAGAGGGCUCCGCGUUCGGGACGGGGGAGGCAGGAGACCAGUUCGAGCACCUUGCGGGAGACACUUUGCCCGAGAUCUCCCUGAACUGCGAGAAGCCGCUGGCCGAGCAGAGCUACCCCACGCAGCGGCUCCCCCCCAUCUCCUACACGGGCCGCUUCACCCUGGAGCCCGCCAACUGCAGCAACAGCCUGUGGGCGGAGCCACUGUUCAGCCUGGUCAGCGGGCUGGUGGGGAUGAACCCCCCCACCACCACGUCCGCGCCGUCCUCCUCCGCUGCUCCGACCAGCUCCUCCUCCUCUUCCUCGGUCACCUCGUCUUCCUCGUCUUCCUCCUCCACCUCCGCCCCGUCCCAGAGCUCCAGCCUCUCCUGCUCGGUCCACCACAGCGAGCCCAACCCCAUCUACUCCGCCGCCCCCACCUACUCCAGCGCCAGCCCCGACCUCUUCCCCGAGCAGGGGGGCCAGUCCUUCCCCAGCCCCGCGGGGGGCGCCCUCCAGUACCCGCCCCCCAGCUACGCCAACAGCAAGCCCUGCCCCUCCAGCUUCCCCGUGCCCAUGAUCCCAGACUACCUCUUCACCCAGGCGCAGAGCGAAAUCGGCCUGGUGCCCGUCGACCAGAAGCCCUUCCAGACGCAGGGGGGCCAGCAGCCCUCCCUCACGCCCCUGUCCACCAUCAAGGCCUUCGCCACCCAGACGGGGUCCCAGGACCUGAAGGGUAUGUACCAGUCCCAGCUGGUGCGGCCCGCCCGGAUGCGCAAGUACCCGAACCGGCCCAGCAAGACGCCGCCACACGAGCGGCCCUACGCCUGCCCCGUGGACACGUGCGACCGGCGCUUCUCGCGCUCGGACGAGCUCACGCGCCACAUCCGCAUCCACACGGGCCAGAAGCCCUUCCAGUGCCGCAUCUGCAUGCGCAACUUCAGCCGCAGCGACCACCUGACCACGCACAUCCGCACGCACACCGGCGAGAAGCCCUUCGCCUGCGACGUCUGCGGCCGCAAGUUCGCCCGCAGCGACGAGCGCAAGCGCCACACCAAGAUCCACCUGCGGCAGAAGGACAAGAAGGCCGAGAAGGUGGCCGCCGCCGCCGCCGCCGCCGCCACCACCGUGGGGGGGCCCGUCCCCAUCUCCGCCCCCUCCCCCGCCUCCAGCUACUCCUCCCCCGUCUCGUCCUACCCCUCCCCGGUCCCCUCGUGCUACUCCUCGCCCGUCCACGCCUCGUACCCCUCCCCCUCCAUCGCCACCACCUACCCCUCCGUCUCCAGCACCUUCCAGACGCAGGUGGCCACCACCUUCCCCUCCUCGUUGGCCACGAAUAUUUACAGCUCGCCCGUGGCCACGCCCCUCUCAGAACUGCAGUCCACUCUCUCUCCGAGGACGAUCGAGAUCUGCUAAUCUGCGCCUCCUUCCAGCGCCCGCCACUUCCAGCUCUCCGUCCUCCGCACAAACAUCAUCACAAAGACUCGUUACUCCUUUUCAAAAAGCACUUUUACCCCCCUCCCCCCACUCCACUGCUGGGCGUCAGCUUAAGGUACCUGAACUGAACAGACUGAAACUAAGACACCCGCCAAGCAAAGACAGCAGAAAACAAAAAAGGGAUUUUUUUUUUUUUUCGUCCUCCUUUAAUUCAAUCACAGCUCUUCAGAAACUAAUGAGAUUUUAAAGACAAAGUGACAACAGGCUUCGACAGGGAUUCUGAACUGACAUUUUUGUAAAAAAAAUAAAAAUAGAAGAGAAAGAUAAGAAGGGACUUCAUCCCAGUCGGGUUUAAUGCCUAAACAGUCUCAGUUCUCAGCGACUCAGACCCAGGAUCACCAACACAACCAGAACUGCUAACCACCAGAGACAGAUGACAGACUUUGAUGAUAUACAUAAUCUACAGUAUAUGGAUAUUGUAUACAUUGUGCCAUGUUUUUGUUCAUUCUUUCUUUGGUACUGUUGAUGUGGAAACUUCUUGGCAUAUUUACAUUGUAUUAUUUGGCCAUAUUUUAUAGAUACUUUCUCUCUUAUGUAGUGAAUAAUGCUGUGGUACGUUUUUGACUUUUUGUUUUGGGGGGGAAAAAAGAAGCACUUCAAAGUAUUCAAAGCAUGUGUAAGAGUGGCGUUACGUUUAUGUUAUUUUGUAAAUAUCACCCAAUGGUACUUUCUCUCUCUUUCCAAAAAUGUGGCAAAAAAGGUCUGUGUAAAAAAAAAGGAAGAAAAAAUGUUCAAAAAAACAAGUUUUCAAACGUUUCUGGUGCCUUUUGUGAAGCCUUGCUGAUGUUUCUGACGUGCGAUUGGAUGCGCAGCAUCUAGCCUUAAAGUGUAACGGGAUAUUUUUUUUUACAGAAUGUAAGAGUCAUUUUAAAGGACCAUACGGAAAGACUGCAGGCACUGCUUCAUUUAUGUAGAAUGUAAGCAAAAAAAGAGAAUCUUUAAAGUCUAUUUUUGUAACUGAAGUGUAAAUAUCUUCAUAUUCAGAAGUUGGAAUGUUGUAGUUACCUACUGAGUAGGCAUGGGAAUUUUUUGUAUGUUAUUUACAUGCAGUUCAUUAUUUUGUGGUUAUUUUUAUUUUGUAAUUGUGUUUGUUAAACAAAGUGACUGUUUCUGGCUUCUAAACACAUUGAAUGCGCUUAACUGCCAAUGGGAUAUUUGAUGUACAAGAUAUCCUCCCAGAGAUGAAAUAUGAAUAAAAUAUAAAUAUAUAUAUAUAA